AUGAAUUCUGAGCACAAUGAGCAGCCGACUGAACCCAUGUUGUGUAAAAACAACUGUGGAUUCUACGGCAACGCCGCCAACGAUAACCUGUGCUCCAAGUGCUACAAGGACCAGAUGAAGUCGCAGAAUGUUGCUGGUGAUUGUUUCGCAAAGGUCCCCUACAUAAGCCCAGCCGCGCCUGCCGAGACAGCUGUCACUCCCUUGGUUGACAAGGAGAGUACACCCCGUGAGGAGGAAACUGUUGUUUCGGCUCCUGAGCCGGUCCCUGAUAGGUGUCACCAAUGCGAUCGUUUGAUUGGCGUUUUGGGUUUCAAGUGUCGGUGCAACCACUACUUCUGUGCUCAGCACCGACAGGCCAACUUGCACGGCUGCACUUUUGACUUCAAGGGACUUUUCCGUACACAGCUAGCUACAAAAACGCAAAAGGUUGUUCGUGACAAGCUGGAAAGGAUUUGA